AUCUAUUACUCGUUUUUGUAAGCCCUUUACUUUCGAUGUGUCUCUUCUCUCCAUCUGAAAAUGUCGAAGACGGGCCUUUUCUCGGCAGUUGUGACGACCUUUGUUGCGCAGACAUACCAGAACCUACAGGCUAACUACACUGCCAUGUCAGCAUCUCUCCUUUUCGAACUGGUCGUUGUUCAGCAUGCUAUCACCAAUGGUUCCUCGGUCGAAGCCAUUUCUUCUUCCCCACUGAACCCAACACUGUCUUCGCUCCCGUUGCCACGGAUGUUUGGGUGAACGGGCUCUGAUUUGUCAGUCUGUUCCU